AUGGAUUCGCAUUUGAAAUUACCUGCGGAAGUCAUGCUGCCAUGGGUGGGCUUGUAUGUUGCUGUAGCAUCUUUGAUAUGCACCCUUGCAAUGGCAGCUGAUGCCGUCCAAGCAGUAUGGCAAUGGAAGCUCUGGUUUCCAAAUAGAUAUUUCACUCUCAAUGCUGCAACAAUCACACUUAUCGCAAUUGCAAUGAAGCUACCGGUGGAUCUAAGUACUGAGCUUUUUUACGGAAAGUAUGUAAGCAUUUUCUUCUUGGUCACCAUGUUAGCCAACUUUCUCCCUUCUUUAGGGCUUAUGGAUGACAAAGAGCUUCUAAUGAACAUUGUGGCCCUAGGUAUCCUCUUGAUCACCAUUGUUGUAAAUAUGGGGAUCCAAAUUUAUAUGUUAUCAUCCUGGUUUUUAGUAUUUAUUUUUGUACUUCCCCUUCUAUGGCCAUUUUCAGUAGCUUUGACAGUUACAUCAAUGAGGAAAAAUUUAGAACAUAGGUAUAAGGAAUCACAACAACUGGUUUCGAGUCAUCAAGAGAAAAUGUUUUCCUCUGAGGAACUCAAACUUUAUGUUAAAAAGUAUUGGAUGAUGACAGAAACUCGAAACCCUCAGUUUGUAAUUGCUUGCUCACCAGUUUCUUCAGCCUUUGGGGUUAUAUGCGUACCCCUUGUUUUGAUGUCAGGAUUAAAUUUGGUAGAUCUUAUAAAAGACCAUGUAUAUGAUGAUCUGGAUGAAGAUUCAGAUUCAGAUUAUAAGUGGUCACUUGGGAUAAUUUUUGUCGUGCAACUAAUUGGGGUUAUUGUAGGCAGUAUUGCACCGAUUUUAAGAUGUUUCACAUCUAUCGGUCAUUAUAGCCUCUCUAAGAAAUUAAGCAAGAACCAUUUAAAUGUGUUCCGAGUUGAGAAACACUGGAUCCAAAGUCUUCAACAGUGGAAACGUAAUCAUGUCCAUUCACAUAUUCCAGGCCGUCAUUUCAAAAUAGUUUUUCAUUACGUAAAAAACACCUUUUUGAACUUUUGUUUAGCUCUUCAUAUCGCGAUUUUGGUAAUAUGUAAAGCAAUUGUUCUUGUUCCGCGGGCUUUUCUUAUCUUACUGGCAUGUUGUUGGUAUUUCUUUAAGUCCUUUUUAGAAUGGCUUAAAAAGAUGGCAAAGACGUCUAAUGGCAAUAUGAGCUCAGAAUUAGAAGAAUAUGCUAGAUAUGUUGUCCAGAUUGAGGAGGAGGCAAAACUUUCAAAACGAAUACUAAGAAAUACGCUCCAUUCUAUAACUCAACUUCUUAACGCGGAGAAGGAACCACGUAAUCUGUUGAUGCUUUUAGAGAAAUCUAAAGGAUUUGUUGGAGUAGUAGAGUUCGACAAUGACCUAGUCCAACCGUUAUAUCCAGAAGAAACCCGCAAUUGUUGGAGCCUUGUAGUAGUAACAUUGACAACAAUUGCCAUUGCACUUCCUAACAUUGCAAAUGUUCAUUUCAAGGGGCUUCUUGCCAGCAUGAGUGAAGGCCUCAAGAUUGUAAGACAUGUUGAAGAUUGUCUCAACGCAGAUGGUGAACUAGUUAGUGCAAUAAAAUCGUCAAGAAGGGUGUGGAAAGAAGUUGGAGUUUACCACAAAUGGCUAAAAAUCGAUCUUCAAAAUAAGGCUCACAAAGAUAAAACAUCUAAAGAGAUCAUUAAAUGGUUGGGAGAUGAAGGAGAAAAAAUUAUGAAAAGGUUUAUAAGUAACAAAAAGUCAAGUAUAGAUCGUUCCCCUUAUAAGUUCGUACUUGCAAGUUCCAUGUACAGGAUUAGCACGAGCAUUCUAUUGCACUUAAAUGCACAAGAAAUCUCGUUGAAUGAUGAAGACCUUUUUGAAUGGAUAUCAACUAUAAUUGCGGAUAUUUUAUUCGCAUGCUUUACCAACUUACCACGUGUCAUAAAAAUGAAGUGUCACCACAAUGAAAUAGAGAAAAGGGGAGAUAACAUCCGGAUUGCAGCUCAACUUCUUGGUAAGUCUAAAGAGAUUCUUAAGAUUCUUGAAGCACGUACACUUCCUAACAUAGAUCAAGACUCGAUGGCAUACAUUGAUAAGUGGCGUGUACUUCCCAAGAUUCAACUAACCAAUGGUGGUGCUUCUACAAAUGAGAUAUACCAAGAUCAUCAUGUUGUGGAGCUCUUGGCUGGUGUUUGA